UCCGGUUUAAUCUCCGGCUCCGCCGGGAUUAGGACCGCGGGAUAGUCUCUAAUCCGCGGCGGGGCUGGCCACCGGGGGCUGCUCGCCCCAGCCGACAGCAGAGGUACCUUCGGAGAGGGGUGCAGUGCCAACAACAUCCCCAGGAGACGUAGGACCUGUAGGACAUCCUUCCCAGAGCUGGACUGCUGUUGCCCCCCUCUUGCAGAGCCCAAGGAGAACCCACAGUGAGCCCAGACACCUCUCACCAUGGACGUGCCCCUCCAGACCGAGAUGGUGGAGCUCGUGCCCAAUGGGAAGCACGCGACCACGCUUACCACCUCUGCCGUCCCCUCACUGGCAGGUGACAGGUUUGAGGAGAACCAGUCUGGCACAGCAGAGAUGGAGGAGUUCCUGCCCCAUGGCGCUGAGAAGAAGCAGACACACUUCACUGAUUUUGAAGGGAAGACAUCUUUUGGGAUGUCCGUCUUCAACCUGAGCAACGCAAUCAUGGGCAGCGGCAUCCUGGGGCUGGCCUACGCCAUGGCCAACACCGGCAUCAUCCUCUUCCUCUUCCUCCUGACGGCGGUGGCCCUGCUCUCCAGCUAUUCCAUCCACCUGCUGCUGAAGUCCUCUGGCAUUGUGGGAAUCCGCGCCUAUGAGCAGCUGGGCUACCGAGCCUUUGGCACGCCAGGGAAGUUGGCUGCAGCCAUUGCCAUCACGCUGCAGAACAUUGGAGCCAUGUCCAGCUACCUGUACAUCGUCAAAUCUGAAGUGCCUCUGGUCAUCCAAACCUUCCUCAACCUGGAGGAGAAGACCACGGACUGGUACAUGAAUGGGAACUACCUGGUGAUCCUGGUUUCUGUCACCAUUAUCCUGCCCCUGGCUCUCAUGAAGCAGCUGGGCUACCUCGGCUAUGCCAGCGGCUUCUCCCUCAGCUGUAUGGUCUUCUUCCUCAUCUCGGUCAUCUACAAGAAGUUCCAGGUGCCCUGCCCACUCCCCGAGCAGGAGGGAAACCUCACAGGCAGCCUCAAUAUCACUCCUGUCAGCACCAGUGACUACCAGAAUGGCUACACUGUCCUCCAGGCACCCGAUCAGGACACCUGCACCCCCGGCUUCUUCACCCUGAACUCCCAGACGGCGUACACCAUCCCCAUCAUGGCCUUUGCCUUCGUCUGCCACCCUGAGGUUCUGCCCAUCUACACUGAGCUGAAGGACCCCUCCAAGAAGAAGAUGCAGUGCAUCUCCAACAUCUCCAUCAUGGUCAUGUACCUCAUGUACUUCUUGGCUGCCCUCUUCGGCUACCUCACGUUCUACGGUCGCGUGGAGUCAGAGCUGCUGCACACCUACAACAAGGUGGACCCCUUCGAUGUGCUCAUCCUGUGCGUGCGGGUGGCAGUACUGACAGCUGUCACUCUCACUGUCCCCAUUGUCCUCUUCCCGGUGCGCCGGGCCAUCCAGCAGAUGCUGUUCCAAGGGAAGGACUUCAGCUGGAUCCGCCACAUCACCAUCGCCGUGGUCCUGCUGACCUUCAUCAACCUCUUGGUCAUCUUUGCUCCAUCCAUCCUUGGCAUCUUUGGCAUGAUUGGUGCCACCUCUGCUCCCUGUCUCAUCUUCAUCUUCCCUGCCAUCUUCUACAUCCGCAUCAUGCCCAAGGACAAGGAGCCGCUGCGUUCACCCCCAAAAAUCUUGGCUGCUUGCUUCGCCCUCCUCGGGGUGCUCUUCAUGAUCAUGAGCUUGAGCUUCAUCAUCAUCGACUGGGCCACAGGCGGGGGGAAGAGCGGUGGCAGCCACUAGCUGGCACUGAGUGCCCACGCCAACCUUGCCCCUGCCCACUGGUGCCCCAGGGAGACCUGACCCCGGGCUCAGCCCCUGUGCCACAGCCCCACCAGGCUUCCCUGGGGUCCCUCUGGUGUCACUGCCCAUCACCCAUGGUGGUGGUGGGGGGGGCAUGAGCCAUGGCAGGCGUGGGGACCCCCCGACCUGUGCCCAGGAUGGGGCAGCGAGCCUGGGGCAGGUGCUGUGCCCCCAACCCUG